GAGACACUUAUUUUAUGACGGAAGGAGUAGUAGUAUAACACUAGACUAACGGCGGUAAGAAAGGGCAAGAAGCUAAGUAAGUUGGAAAUGAAAGGAAGUGAAGAUUACUCUUUUUUUUUUUCUCAAACGCGCCUUCAAAAGAAACUAAAAACUAAGUAAGUUGGAAAUAAAAAUAGCGACUUGAAUGUAUUACCUUCAAAAGGCAGACCGCAGUUUGGACAAGACCUUGACGAAUUGCAUCUAGCUUGCUAAAAGCUCAGAAGUUUCCUCUCAUGCCAUAGUCUUUGUUUUUCCUGUGAUGGAGCAGCAGCCGUAGGCUCAGAAGGUUGACUAGAAAUUCUGUCCAUCUCACCGGCCUCCCAACAGCAGCAAAAUAGCCGCUCACCUUUCACUAUAAAACAGGUUCCUGUCCCAGACAUCAACUGUGAACGCAGACAUCGUACCUGACCAUGGGAGUUUAUUGACCGGAAUAUCGGUUGAAUAUAUACAGAGUAUAUCAAUGACAAUACCGUGCGUCUAUACAUAAACUGCAUCUUUUUUCCCUCAUAAACCACCUACCUUAGAACAUCUCAAGAUGGAUCUUGUCAUAGCCGCUGUCGCAGGUGAUCUCUCGAACCGUUUCAUCUCUUUCCUGAUGAACAAGUACGCAGAUCACGCGUGCUUGGAGGAGAAGGUGGAGAGGCUGCAACACCUCUUGCUGAGAGUUGGCAUGGUCGUCGAGGAGGCAGACUCGCGGUACAUCACCAACUCUUGUAUGCUCAUACAGCUGAAGACCCUAGCAGCAGCCAUGUACCAAGGCCACCAUGCGCUUGACACCAUCAAGUAUGGAAAACACAAAGAUGUUGCUGAGGAAUUGGUAUGUGACGCAUCCGCCUUACCUGUUUCUACUCCUUACAAACGUUCUCGCACAAUCGGUACUCGUGGAACAAACAAGGUUCUCGAACCAGACUUGCAAAGUGCGCUGCAGAACCUAGAGGCUAGUGUUGCUAACAUGGCGGAGUUUGUCGUGCUUUUGGGGGGAUGCGAGCGCAUCUCUCGUAGACCCUAUGAUGCAUAUCUUUACAUCGAUAACUUCAUGUUUGGUCGCCAUGUCGAGAGGCAGCAGAUCAUCAGGUUCUUGCUGGACCACAACACUCCUGGUUCUCCGGCCGUGCUUCCAAUCAUUGGUGACGCUGGAGUUGGGAAGAAAACUCUUGUGGUCCAUGUAUGCAAUGAUGAGAGGGUGCGUUCUCACUUUUCUAUGAUUUUGCACCUGAAUGGAGAUGAACUAUUCAGAAUGACAGACCAUGAAAAAUUGUCAGGGAGGAUACUGAUAGUUAUUGAGUUUGUUUCAUAUAUAGAUGAAGAUGACUGGACAAUGUUCCAUAAUUUUUUUAUGAACAUGGACAGAGGAAGCAAGGUGAUGAUCGUAGGUCGAUUCGUAGAGCUAGAGAAGUUUGGAACUGUUAAACCUAUAUCCCUGAAAUGUCUGGCAUUAGAAGAGUUCAGGUACCUGUUCAAGACACUCGCAUUCGGAAGUGCGAACCCGACAGAUUAUCCUCGAUUAGUCGCGAUGGUGGAAGAGUUUGUCAUGGUGUUGGGAGGGUCACUCAUAUUAGCAAAUGUGCUUGCAGAUGCACUGAGGAAAAAUCUGGGUGCCCGUUUCUGGAUGUACAGGUUGAACGCGGUCAGAGAUAUGGUGAAGGCGAACAUUUCUUGUUUCGGCGCCCAUCCACAGGUGCUUCUGAAUCGAGGUCACCCAGUGCACCUAAUCGGCGGCAACAUUUUGACUCCUGCUGCUCCAUCGCACGUUCUAGACUGUGCUAUCGGUAUGGCUAAUGCUCCGGAAGAUGGUCUACCUAGGAUUAUGUUUGGGGACUUAAUAUCAGCAGCAGGUCACCUUGUCUUACCCAAAGGAGAUUUUAGGCUAAUUUCAUGGGAAUCAAGGCUACCGCCUUAUACACAAUUUAUUCACUUGGUGCACUCUGUUCCAAGCUGCCCCAAUGAUAAAACUGUAACAUCCUUGUCAGGGAAGAAGCGUCCGAGUUUAUUUGCCUAACUUUUAUGUAAUGAUGUAUUUGAGUAGUAUUUUGUGAGACCAGUGAAGCAUGCCAAUUGAAGGCAGGUCAUAAUUUUAAUUUGUCUAGACCAUCAGACCGUGUUCGUCUCUCUUCAGGAAGGCUUGUUAUGGCAAUAUAUGGCCUGAAUAAAAUGGGUAUAAGAAAUGAAAAUGCCAGUGCAUAGAAGCCCAUCAGAAAAAGGUUAGUUGAGCAAAUGCCCUUAAGUACGAGCUAACCAAGUGAGAGCAUAUGUGCUAACCAAGCCACGCAACAAAAUUCUAGGGCGUUGCUACUUGCCGGUUUCUACUCGUAUCUGACCAGAAGAGAGAACGAAUGCAAGGACCCAAAAUUACUUGCAAUUCUAAUAAGAUGGGGAACCGUGCGCUGACCUCGGUGGUGCGGCAGGCCAGCAAGCUCACAGCGGCAGCUCUCCGGAGAAGGUGUUUGUGGCUUCACGGUCAUAUCAUCGAACACCAUCCGGGCACAAGAGCGGA